CGUUUUUUUUUUUUUUUUAAUGUCGUUUACUUUACUUGUUGUUUGAAUGUUUAGUACUCCAUGGUUAGAAUUAUUAGAUGUUUGAAUGAAUUUUUUUUUUCGAAACGUUGAGAUUAAAACUUGUUGUUUCUUUUGUUUUUAUCAUUGUUAAAGUAUUGUUUAUACUAGUUCUUCGCUAUAACGCAACGCACUUUUAAACAAGAAAGUAUAUUAUGGGGACACCGAAAAAAUCGAAACCGUGGCAUCUCGACGUAGAUCAAAAAGAUGACGCUACAACUUCUAGUCCGCUGAGAGCCUUACCCAGUCCAAAGACACCAGUCCGAUCAACAUUUUACAGUGAUGACGAUGAAUCAGAUGACACGGAAAGCCCAAAGUUUCCACAUCUUAUCCCAAUUUAUAGGAGGACUCCUGAUGAAUAUGAUUUGGGAGGUGUGCGUAUUGGUUGGGACGACGGAUUUGACUGUCCUGAUCUUCAAGACGAUGAUUGUGUUCCUGAAAAGAAAUCAAGAAGGAAUAAAAAAAGACGAUCAUUCUCUAAACGCUAUCAUCGAUCUUUCUUUAGAUCAAAUUAUUUUAAUUCAACCACUGAUUCACCUUCACCAACUAAUUGUACAAGUCCAAAUCAGACUGCUCUUCAUGAGGAGUUGAAUAAUUAUCUUGAGUGUAUAUUGAAUUGUCUUAGUGCCAAAAAGAAAAAUAGACAGUUAAUGAAAGCUAAAAUGGAAGCUAGUUCUUCUGCAAACAGUUCAACAGAAAAUAAUAAUGUUGGAUGUUCAUUAGAUGACUCUGCUGAUGACGAAAUGAUGAUGUUGUGUAGUCAAGCUAUUGAACAAAAAAUAGCUGCUGAUGCUAUUAAAAGUAAUAGUACUAUUAAUGAACCUACUAAAUUAAUUGCAUCAAAUUCUUUGUCGAUUAAUGGUAUAAGUCCAUUGAAAGAUAUCAACAAUUCAACAAAUAAUAAUGUAUAUCACCAUGUUUCCAAAAAGUUCAAACCAGUACAAAGCAAACUAUUUGGUGAAGAACAGAAAAAAAAUUGUAAAUCACCGUGCCACACAAUAACUUCUAGUACAGAAAAUAAUAGCUUAUCUUCAGAUUCUACAUCUGUUGAAAAUUGUAAGAAAGAUGAUUCCUCGUCAUCAUUCUUUGAUAUUUUGGCCAAUGACGAUGACUUUUUUUCGGGUAUUGAUUUUUUGGAAAUUGAGCAGCAAAUUAUGGCUGGUGUUAAAGAAAAUACUACUGUAUUAGCGACUCAAAAUUGUUAUAAACAGCCAAGUACAAAUGUUGAUAAACAAUUGGAAAAUAAACCAGCUUUAAGCAGUCAUGCUUCUACCAGUAGUUCAAGCUCUAGUUCUGUACUUUGGCGUAGAUCUACUUCAACGUCAUCAAUUGUUAACAAACAACAACAAUCUGUACAACAACCUAAACAAUUCAACAGUGUUAUUGGAACAACAAAUAACUACGGAAGUGGAAAUGCCAAAGUUACAACUACAACUACUACCAGAUAUUGCACUCCAGCUGAAAUAGAAGCAAAACGUGAUCGUGCUCGUCGCACACUUUUACUUAAGUUCAAAUCAAAAAAUAGAAGUGUUUCAUAAAUUAAUAUUACUAUUAGAAAAUGUACAGUACUUCUUAUUGAGUUUAUAAUAUCUUUUCAUUUAAGUAUUAAUUUAGAACUGAUAAUAUUAAUAUUUUUUUCU